GCACACAUCCUCGAGCAACUGCUCGCCAAAGGCCACAGCGUCGUGACGACGGUCCGCAGCGAGGACAAAGCCGCGAGGAUCCGCGAAGCCUACCCCUCACAAGCCGCGUCGGGCGACCUGGUCGUCGCCAUCGUCCCGGACAUCGCCCAGCUCAACGCCUUCGAUGAGGUCGUCAAGACGCCCGGCCUGGAGGUCGUCCUCCACACGGCCUCGCCCUUCCAUUUCAAGUGGAAGGACCCCAAAGAACUCAUCGACCCCGCGGUAAACGGCACAACCGGAAUCCUAAAAGCCAUCAUCCGCUCCGCCCCCACGGUACGCCGCGUCGUGGUGACCUCCUCCUUCGCGGCCAUCGUCGACGAGGCGCACAUGGCCGACCCGUCCCACACCUUUUCCGAGGCGACGUGGAACCCGGUCACGCUGGCGGACGCGCACCGCAGCCCGCCGACGGCGUACCGCGCCAGCAAGACGCUGGCGGAGCGCGCGGCGUGGGAGCUGGCGAGUGGUGCGGCGUUUGAUUUGGUGACUGUUAACCCGCCGACGGUGUUCGGGCCGGUCGUGCAUUAUCUGGAGAGCUUGGAGGGGGUGAACACGAGUAACGAGCGGCUGGUGGAUUGUCUGCAGGGGAAGUGGCGGGAGGCGGUGCCGAGCGCGGGCGGCGGGGUGGCCAUCUGGGUGGAUGUGCGGGAUGUGGCCGAGGCGCACGUCAAGGCGGGCUUGGAGAUUGCCGAGGCCGGGGGGAAGCGGCUGUUCACGACGGCGGGGCUGUUUAGUAAUGCCGAGAUGGCGGCGAUCGUGCGGAAGAACUUUCCGGAGGAUGCCGAGCGGCUGCCGACGGAGGAGACCAAGGGCGGGGAGCUGCCGGCGGAGGGGGAGCGGUUCGGGUUUGAUAACACGGAGACGAACAAGGUGUUGGGGAUUAAGUGGCGGUCGUUGGAGGAGUCUGUGGUGGACACGGUGCGGAGCUUGAAGAAGGUGGGCGCGUAA